AUGUCAUCGCACAAACGACAGAGAUCUUCUACACCAGCUGAAUUGUCUUUACCUGGCCAGUCACUGGGACAGGGACAGUCACAAGGCCAGCAGCACCCAGGACCACCACCACCACCUUCACCAGAAUCAAAGAAAGGCAGAGGUCGUCCACGCAAGUCCGAUAAAGGCAAAGGACCUUCUCUAUCACCAACUCUUCCCCAAAAUGAAUUAGAACCUGCAAACAACGCACCACCAAAGAAAGCAGAAGAAGACGACGAUGAUGAAAUUGAUGAUGAUUGGAUGGAGGACGAUGAGUUUGAGAGAGAGAGGCUGCAGUCGAAGAAAGCUAAAGAGGAUUUGGGAAUUCUUCUACAACACUUUUCCCCUGAACAGCUACAGCGUUAUGAGGUUUAUAGGCGUGCUGCUCUCAAUAAGAGUACCAUACGGAAGCUAUGUAACCAGACACUCAACCAAAGCGUAUCUCAAAAUGUCAGCAUCAUUGUCUCUGGUUUCUCAAAGGUCUUUGUCGGUGAGAUUGUAGAGAAGGCACGCCAAGUCCAGCAAUCUUGGGGUCAAUCAGGUCCUCUCUCAGCUGAUCAGAUACGAGAAGCUCACCGUCUGUACCAGAAAGACAAAGGCGCGCAUCGCAAGCCAUUCGUGAGGUGA